CGACAUGGCAUCCUACACGGGCGGAACAGCCGAGAAAAACAGAGUGGCAAAGCUCCAAAAACAGCGGGAAAAGGGCAGAGCUGAGGUGAGAAACUGUAACCAAGAUGUAACCAACUUCAACCAAUAUGUAGCAAACUUCAACCAAUGUCUAAGAUGUUUGGUAACGCUCGGGGAACUACGAGAAAGAGAGGCACAACACAAACUUGAUCAAGAGAGAGCCGAACUAGAGAAAAAUGUCAAGAAAAAGAAGAAAAGAAAAGAAAUCAGUACCCUGUCCUUCGACAUGGAUGGCGAAGGAAACGGAGAGGAGGAGCCUGUGAUAUUAAAGAAGAAGAAAAAGAUUGGUAAAAAUCCGGCGGUAAAUACUUCUUUUCUACCCGACAAAGAUCGCGAAGCUCAGGAACUACAAGAAAUAGCUGAUUUGAAGCAAGAGUGGGCUGACAAACAGAAACAGAUAAAAGACCAGGACGUUGAACUCACAUUCAACUACUGGGACGGAUCAGGACAUAGACAUAAAGUUCUCAUGAAGAAGGGAUAUACGAUAGAACAGUUUCUAAACUUCGCGUUGGAAUCACUCAUCCCGAUAUACCCUGAUGUGAGGUGUGCGAGUGUGGACAUGUUGAUGUUUGUUAAAGCAGAUCUGAUAAUACCACACUACCUUACUUUCUAUCAGAUGGAACAGAUGAAUGCUAGAGGUGAAAAAGGACCGCUUUUCAGGUUUGUGCCGCACAAAGAAGAAGAGAACAAAGCCCCAGGUCUACUUAAAGACGAUCUUCAAUACGGCAAGGUUACCUUGAGAUCGUGGUACGAAAGAAACAAACACAUGUUCCCGGCUAACAGAUGGAAAUCGUUUGACCCUGAAGUCAACUGGGAAAAAUACACACUCGAACAGACUUUUAAACGGUGACAGGAUAAUACCGGCUCCGGCGACCCUCUCUACUCAACUAUUACCUCUGGGGACCUCAGGCUUAGUGUUCAUAAACCGAAUGAAGAUAUGGCGGAGUGACAGGCUGAGCGCCGCCCAGUAAUGACCCUCUCUAGUCAUAUCAGCUAUUAUACACUAUCCGGUGCUAUCUUGUGAAGUUGGACAGAAAUUGUCGGGACUAUUUUAAUCUUUAAGUUAAUAUUGAGGUAUGAAUCAGAUUCAUUAGUAAAAUCAGCUUAUAUUGCAAUAAAAUUGUUAAAAUACAGUUUCAUCAUCCGUCCUGUGCCGCUUUUUCUUCUUUUUCUCCUCCAUUUUCUCCUCCCUUUUCUCCUUCUUCAUCUCCUACUCCAUCCUUGUUGGCUGUUUCUCCUCCUCCAUCCUGCUUAGCUUUCUCGCUCUCUUUCGCCUCAUUUGCUUUUGCAGUUUUUGCAGCUUUCUUCUUCUUCCUCUUCCUUAAUUUUGUUUUCUUGUCUUCUUGCGGGAUGUUGAUACCUGUAAGAAGAUACUAUUUUAGUCUAUAACCAUUUGGAAACAAGUAAUCAACCUGUUCAAUAUAAACUUUAGAUAAUAGUGGCCUGGGAGAAGUAUAAUAGUGGGAGAAGUAUCUGAAUGCGCUGAAAAGCCAAAGUCUAGCUUUUUGGAUAUCAAGCUUCGCGGAUAGGUUAUCAGUAAUGACGGACAUCAAAAUACUGUCCCAAAUUAUCUUGCACAUACCUUUGCUAGCAAGGAACACUAUCGCUGCCUUUUUCUUUGCUUUAAACUCUAAUUUUCUCUUUAUACUCCUCUUUUUAGCCUCUCUAUCCUUCUGCUUCUGAAUUUGUAGCUUCUCCGCUCUUUUCUUUCUCCUUUCUUUCUGAAAAUAAUAACUUUUAGAGGUUUCAAAUAAUGCGUUCAUUCUUAGGAGUUAGGACUACACCAAUACUUGGUUACUCAAAAAACAAGAUGCUAAUAAAAGAUCUGUACCUGUUUUUCCUUCUCCGACCUGGUAUCUAUUUCAAUAAUACCACGUUUUUCAGCACUUCUCUUCAAGCCAGAUAUUCCUUCUUUCCAAUACUUAGAGGCUGAAGCCACGGCAAACGACAGCUGAGUUGGGACAAAGUGAGAGUUUUGUCUAAAGUCAGCCAAAAACGUCCUACAUUCCGUUUCGCUAAGAGAAGAAAACUCCCAAUUAUUAAGGACUCACCUGUCCAUGUUGCACAUCCAAACCUCGCCCAAAACCGUGAACCUUGCUGUGCAACGCGUUCUUUUCUGCAAGCUGACUAAACUUCUCCAACGAACCGAAAUAUUCUCCACUCUGCAACAAUACAUGGUGUUGAUAGUGUGAUAUAUAGUGCAUUUUAAAACUUAAUCUGAUAUAGAUUAAUAUGUUAAAUGUAAUCGUGCACUUAAACAAACUGCAAAUGAAUCGGCUCCCAAUGACAAUAGAAUGUCUCCCAACUUACCACAAAUAUGUAAGGGAACUCCAAGUGUUUUGUUGAGUUUUGUAAGUAUCUGGUUAUUCUGCCCCUCUGAAGGUUGCCCUCCAAGUUGAAGUGAUACAUUUCCUCCCAUAAGAUAUCGGCCUUCUGGAGAAGAAUACGGUUCAGAUUAUUAACUUGCCAAAUGUAAAAAUAAGCCAGGAGUUCAAAUUUUGUCCGUUUUAUGAAAAGUAAUGAAGAUGGUGCUGUUUACCCUGACAAAAGUCUCCUCAACGUCGUCCAAGUAGUCAGGGUCUGCACUGUCACUGAUUAUAACAUAUUUCCGUCUGUCUGUCAUCUUCCGGAGCAUCUCCUUGACCGGCAUAAUGUAGUCUAUCAAGGACCUGGGACACAUUAUAUCGUCUACACUCUACACUCUACAGUGGUACACUUUACGAUUACACUGCAUAUGUAGACUCUUGAGUCUAGAGGGGUAGGACAGAAAUACUGCAGAGACUGAUUUAUUGCUAACUGUCUUGAUAAUUAAUAUUCAAUCUUACCUACCUACUGAAACUAUCAGUGUCAGACUCCUCCUUCUUUUCUUCUUUGGCAGGUUUUUCUUCUUUCUUCUUCUUUUCCUUGCCCUUUUUUUGACCACCUUCGCCCUCCGGAUUCUCCUCAGCGUCCGACAUUGCAGCAAAGCAAAAUGUACGAUGACACAGACAAAAAUGUUGGUACAAAAUUAUUGUGUCAGCUCAUUAUGAUAGCUUGAAGGGUUUUUCAACAUUUUAUAUAGAAUUGAUGGUAUCGUGUGACGAAUUUACUUGUUCUUGCUGUCAUGGAAUGAUUUAUUUGAAUAUAGUAAGUCCUUAA